AUGUUAAGGCAAGAAGAAAAACAACCAACUUUGCCAAAAGUGGCAUGUACCCCGAGAUCAAGAUCAAAGAAGAGGAGAACACGUGAAGGAAAAAACGCGAAGAAAGUUACUACAUCAACAGAAACGAAAAAGGAAAACAAGCACAGGCUUAAACAUUCAACUGGUCACGAUAUGCAAAGAAUCGAUUCUGGUAUUUCUGGUUUAACUGUGAAAAGAUCUUUAAAAAGAAGUCAAAUCGAAAGCUCGUCGCAAGACGCGGAUCUGAUUGACAUCAGCCACGACUUUGAAAUGCUGCAAUUGCGUUGCGACGACAUCAAUGAAGACUCUCACAGCAUGGUUGCAAUAACUUCUCGGCCUUCGUCAAGUGCAACAUUGAACCUUGACGAAGUUAAUUUUAAUCGCAAUUUCGAAGAUGAUUCUGAUAAUGAAAACUUGAGGGGAAGUGAAACCGGAAAACAAAGAAUUCCAACAGCCAAAUAUGACCAGAAAGGAUAUUCUACUAGUUUAGGUUUAGAUAACAGUGAGUCUCCAAGGCUACAAGAUAUUAAACUUGAACAAACUGACACAGGUUCAAAUAAAUCUGAAAAUCACAAUAUAACUUCGCCAAAUACCGUGAAACAGAUUGAUCAGGGGAGAGAAUCCGGACCUGAAAGAAAAACAAAAUCAAAAGUUAAAACUGCUUGGGAGCUGAGCGAUAAAUUCCUUCUUACUACCGACUUUCCAGCUGAUGUUUGGGAUGAGAAAAAACCAAGAAAAAUGUCUCUUGGCUCUAGAAGAUUAUCAUCUGAUAUGCUAAGUGAGAGUUUUCCCCCCUUAUCGUCGACAGUUUUUGAACCAAGAAGAGGAUCAUUCCCGAGUUCCCCGUUAUAUUAUUCGUUUUCAUCGCCUAAAAUGCCGUCAGAACUUCCAUCACUCUCAGGAAGGCAAUGUAAAGUUCAACUUCCUCCCAGUUUUCCUUGUGUUACACCGCAAACACAUGAAACCGAACCAGAGUCAUCAACUGACAACCUUGACAUCAUAGGCUGGGAACAAGGGCAAAUUAAAACACAAAUUGAUCGAAAACUGCACAACAACUAUUUGGACGUACCCAUCGCGAAACAGGCACGAAGACAAUCUGAAUCCUCUUCUUCAAGGGCAUCGCCCAACUCAAGUGGAUCUCGUUCCCUUAUGGCAUCCUCAGAAUAUCUGGCAAUGAACGCCGCCUCCACUGAAUACCUUGCUGCCCGAGUUGUCACUCAACUGAACUGCGCUUUUAAAGAAACUGUUGAUGAAAGUCAAGUAGAGAUCGCGACUAGGGAAAAUUGUGUCACACCAAAUUUAAUGCCUCGCAGACACAGUGCCGUAUUUUUUCGGCCACCCACCAGUAACGACUUCGCUGAAAAAGCGAAAUCCCUCAACGUGCCCUCAAUCCACGAGUACAGCAAAAGUCUGCCGAAUUUGUAUAGUCGAGACAAAACUAAACGAAUGUUUGUGACUUUUGAUAAAGAUUUUCCCAAUGUAAAAAUUGUUGAUUUAAAGGGGAAGUCUGAUUUAGCGCACAAAUGCCGUCGUAUAAACCGCAGAUUAGCCAAUGAAGACUUGAUGGUGAAGGCUAUGCUCGAAGAGAAAGUUCACAAAAAGUCAUUGAUAAAGAAAUGGGUUGUUUCUUCCACGGAAGGAAGUGAUCUAUAA